AUGUCCGACAAGCACGAGGUCACCCAGACCGAGAAUGGUCCCGCUCGCCCCGGCAAGAAGGCUCUCCUCAAGAACCACUGCAAGCGAUUCUGGUGGCUUCAUCUCAUCAUCUUCCUGGUCGUUACUGCUGCCGUCAUUGUCGUUGUCAUCUUCGUUGGCGUCAAAAACAUUGCUCAAGCUAAGAUCAACGAUGCCGACCUCAAGAUUCAGGGCGUCAACAUCCUCAACUCUGCCCCCAACAGGUUCCUCAUGCAGAUCAACUCUACUAUCAGAACCGAUGGCACCGUCAAGGCCGAUAUUGACCCCUUCGUCGGCAACCUUAGCCUCCGCGAUGUGCCUGGCGCUAGACCAUUUGUCAAACUCCAAUUCCCCAGCACAAACGCCAACAAGUUCCAGACUGUCAACAUCAGCCAGGAGGUUGAUAUUACCGACAUGGAAGCCUUUGCUGAGUUCAACAGGGCCUUUUUCCAGAACGAGACGCUACGCGUUGCCAUCAGCGGCAAGACCAAGGUUCAGCCUGCUGGUCUCUCCAAAAAGUACGACGUCGACUUCUACAAGGUCGUCACCUUCAAGGCCUUGAACAAGCUCAACGGCACCGCCCUCUCCGACAUGAAUGUCAGGGUCGGCACCGCUGAGGACGGCAUUCCCAACUUCAACGCCACCGCCACCAUCAUGAACCCCUCAUACUACACCAUUGACAUUGGCAACGCCAGCUUCAACAACUUUGCCGACAACCAACUCAUCGGAAACCUCACCAUCAACAACCUUGUCCUCAGGCCUGGCCAGAACGUCGUCCCCGUCUCUGCAAUUCUCGACCAGACCGUCAUCAUCUCCGCUGCCUCCAAAAGGCCCUACUGCGAGACUGGCAAGAUCGGCAUCGAACUACAGGGCAUGCACGUCCGCCAAGGUACCGAAGAGAUCACCUGGCUCACCGACGCUCUCAGCAGCGCCAAUCAGACCGUCGAGAUCAGCCUGGCCGAUACCUUCAGGGCCGCGGGUCUUAGUAACUUCCAGGCAUCUUGUAGCUCAUGA